AUGUCUGCUGUAGUCCCACCAGAUAAUGCAAGUGGCGCGGCCCUGCUCGCUGCAGGCGGAGCGCGGUCGCCCGCGGACAACGUCAGACGGUUCUUCAAGUUGCAGAGCGCGUGCGCUGCGUUGCUCGAGGCAGCACGGACCGUUUACGAGUGCAGCUUCCCCACUGGGGAGUUGAAAACGAUGGGCUCAAAGAGUGGUGAUCCGCUCUCCGAGGCGAUCGCUGCGAGCCCUGCAGCGCAGAUCGGCUCGUACCUCGUCGAGAAUCGCGAAGCACUCGACUUGGAACACAUGUUCGAGGUGUUCCGCUUUGACGCGAACGAGUCACCCGUGCACUGUUUCAUCCAGUACCCAGUUGUCUCUGAUGCGCAGCUGGAGAACCUCGCCUUCGUACACCGAAGUUUCCCGAACAUGAAUGUUCACCUCUCCGCGGCAGAGCGAACCGUGAUGUCAAAUGAGCGACUCGAGUUCCUCGGGGACAGUUGGCUCGGCGCCAUCGUCGCUUACUUUCUGUACAAGAAGUACCCAUACGCGAAUGAGGGCGCGCUCUCGCGGAUGAAGUCUGCCAUCGUCAACAACAAUAACCUGGAGAAGAUAUGCUCGCGGCUUGGGUUCAAGCAGCGACUCAGGGCGAACGUCCCCGGGUACAAGAUGAAAAUACGAGACAGCUUCUCCAAGUACCACGCUGACGUCGUCGAGGCGUACAUCGGAGCAUUUGUCGUUGACAGGUUUAAGACCGAGUUCCAAGAACUAGCAGAUUGGAUCGAGAAACUCUCAGAGGAGCAGUUACAACUCUUCGGACCCGAAAUGCUCAACACCCCGCUGAACAAGAACGCCAAGGGAGAGCUUGCAGAGCUCCUCCAGUUUAACAAAACUGGUGGAAAGCUUACCUACAGGAGAAUGACACAGACGUCCCCCUUUAAGGUCCAGGCGCUUUUGGGAAAUAUUGUCCUCUCCGAGGGCAGCGGCGCUAACGUCAAGGACGCGGAGCGCAGGGCAGCCAUGGCAGCUCUCGACAAACCGGAACUAAUAGCCAAGUACUCGCUGUUCGAUAUUGUCCCUAACGAGUCUGAAGAGAAUCCUGUUGAACAGCUUCCAGAUUCCAACAUGAAUCCCGCGUAUGUGAAAUACGGUAGCAGUGAUGGCAGCGGCCACCACGUGGAGAGUUCCAGCAACGAGGAAGAUUCCAGUAGCGAGGAAAGCUCCAGUAGCGAGGAGAGUUCCAGCACUGAAGAGAGCUCCGAUGACGAGGAGAGUGUCCUUGAUGACCAACCUCCUGUCGUUCCUAUCCAGGAAACAAAAUCCCCACUCGAUAUGGAGCAGUUCAAAAAAGAUCUUAUGAGCAAGAUGGAUGUCAUUGUGAGCUCCAUUUUCACCGAAGCGUUGAAGAAUUCGUCAGUGCAAGAUACAAACGGUAAACCGAGCAAUAAUGUUCCAGGGAUAGACACUGAUGGGUUCUCAGCCGUUCCGAAUCAUUCGCAAUCUGGAGUCGCAAACACCAAUCUACCUAGAACUGAGAAGAAUUACUUGGACACAGGUGUCAAUGCUGCGAAACCAAAAAUGCCGCCAUUGAAGCCGAUGCCGAAACUGGUAUCUCCGUUUGAUAAGCAACAGGCCACGACAACGGGGCUUCCCAUGAAAUUGCAGACACACCAACCAAAAGUCGCAAAUAUGUCUCCUCCACUCCCAUCCCCAAUGCAAACACUGAACCAGUAUAACACAGAGAAUAAAGUGGGCCCCCAAGAGCGACCAAAUGCGUUUGGACCUUUAAUGGCUGCUCGCGAUCUGUAUACUCUGUUGAAUCAACACCACCGUUUCCCUGACUAUAAGAUCCUCCCAACUGCAGAUGGAGGUUUCAAAGCGAGGUGCUUUGUGAAGGGGACAGCUAUCAUGCUGGGCGAGGGCACUGGGAGAACAAAGAAAGAGGCUAAACAGGUCGCAGCAGCGAAGGCUCUGAAGGGCGCCGCACUCCGUAGCAUUAGAACUUAG